AUGGCUUUCAAUAAGAAAUACGCCGGGCUUCCCGAUCUAGAUAUAGCUCCAGACAUCUACGAGACUCCUGAGCUCACAGACGGUUCUACUCUAGCUACUGCCACCGUCCGCUCCUCGUCCCCCUUCCAAGAUGAGCCCGCAAACCCGGAUAUUGACCGUCAACGUCUGCAGCCGGACCAGGCUCGAUCACACUUCCUCCCAGCCCGUCUAGAUGCUCGCGAUGUUGAUUUUUCAGAUAGCAUUGCCUCCAGACGGAAGUCGUACAAGGCUAUGAGCCGGCGGAGACAGCGGCGAGAAGACGGAACAGAAGUCCUGGGAGAUGUCAGUGACGAGGAGGACGAGUCUCUAGAGAGAAAACUGGCUAGGUUGCGCAGAGAAGCGGAGGAAUUGAAGGAAGAAUUGGCUACUCGAAAGGCCCAGCGGAAUGCUCAGUCAGAUAGCGCUGGCGCGGAUGACCCGGGCGAGGACGACGACAAGGGGGAACUGGACGACGGCGUGCUGGAGCUCAGCCGGGCUCUGGAUAGCCUCCAUACGUUCUCACGAGACGGUGCGAUCCCCGUCACGGCGGAGGAGAUACUUUCUCAAAAACUAGGAGGCAACAUCCCUUUCGCCGUCCACGCCGCAAAGCAACGAAAUGAAGCGCUGCACGGCUCUUCCCAAUCUGACGUUCCAGUAGGCCUCCUUUCCAACGCUGCAGCCUUCGACGCCCGUCUUACUCUCCUCGAAGCCGCCCUGGGCAUCCCUAACACGCCAAUCUUCCACUCCUCAGACGACAACAUUGGCCCCCAACCCAUCCUCCCAACCCUCUCCCACCUCUCACUACAACUCUCCACCCUCACUAGCACUCUAACAGGACCCGCCGCCUCUAUCCCUGCUGGCCCCUCCCAAGCGCACUCAACCGUAACAACCCCGCACAUCGAAGCUCUAACAACUCGCAUCCGCAAACUAACCGCGGAUGCCGACGCCCUCUCCUCCGCCCGCCGCCGUGCAACCGAAGCCGCCCGCGCAGUCAUCGCCGCCCGCAUCGCGGCUGCUACCUCCGAUCAUCCAACCUCAACCACAGCAAACACAGCAAACAUAACAACAGCUACAACAACAACUGCAACAACCGAAGCUCCCCCCUCCCUCACCUCCCUAACCGCCACCGAAACCGACUCAGCCGCCAGCGAACAAGCUGCCAAGAUCCAAGCGCUGUACACAACUUUACCAACCAUAACAUCCCUCCACCCUCUUCUCCCCAGCGUCUUGGAGAGGCUGCGCUCGCUACGCGCGAUCCACGCGGGCGCUACCAGGGCUGCGGAGGAUUUGGAUGCGUUGGAGGAGAGGCAGCGAGAGAUGAAGACGGAGAUUGAGAUGUGGAGGGAGGGGUUGGGGGUUGUGGAGGGGAAGGUGAGGGAGGCUGAGGAGGCGAUGAGGGGCAAUGUGGAGGUUGUUGGGGGGUGGGUUAGGGGGUUGGAGGCUAGGUUGGAGGGAUUGGGAGGGUAG